ACACACACACAAACUGUUUGCAGGCCAUAACAUUCCCCAGUAUUCCUUCCCGUCUGUGUUGGUUUCCAUAGAGACCAGAUGUCAUUCAUCCUGUGGUCGAAACCCGGGCCCCUAUUGGCUGUCGGGACCAACAAAGGAAACCUGCUGAUCUAUAACCAACAGACAUCACGCAAGAUCCCUGUCCUGGGAAAGCACACUAAGCGUAUCACCUGUGGCUGCUGGAGUUCUCAGAACCUGUUGGCGCUGGGCAGCGAGGACUGCAGCGUAACCAUUAGCAACCAGGAGGGAGACACCGUCCGACAGACGUCGGUGCGUUCUGACCCAGCUGAUGUCCAGUUCUCUGUGAUGAAGACAGACGAGAGGUCUUCCCCAGGAGAGAGCACAGUGAGCGUUGCCGUGGGGAAGAAGACCCUGUUCCUGUUUAACCUCAACGACCCCGACAACCCCAUAGAGCUGGCCUUCCAGCAGCGCUACGGACACAUCAUCUCCUACCGCUGGUAUGGUGAUGGCUACAUCCUGAUCGGUUUCUCUCAGGGUUAUUUUGUGGUGAUCUCCACCCACAUCAGAGAGAUCGGUCAGGAGCUGUUCCAGGCUCACAACCAUAAAGACAGUCUGACCAGCGUCGCCAUUUCCUCUGCUCUCAACAAGGCUGCUUCCUGUGGGGACAACAGUAUAAAGAUCCAUGAUCUGUCUGAGCUGAAGGAGAUGGACGCCAUCGUCAACCUGGAGGAUGAGACUCAAGGUCUAGACCAGUUGAGCUGGACAGAUGAUGGUCAGUUGCUGGCCGUCUCCACCCAGAGAGGAUCCCUGCACGUCUUCCUGACCCGUCUCCCCAUCCUGGGGCACAGCUGUGGGACCCGUCUGGCCUACCUGACCUCCCUGCUGGAGGUCACCGUGUCUAACCGUGUAGAGGGGGAAGCUCCUGUUGCUGUGGCGGUGGAGGUGGAGCCUAACUUCAUCGCCGUGGGACCCUACCACGUUGCCGUGGGGAUGAACAACCGAGCCUGGUUCUACGCCCUGGGAGACUCCGGUGUGGAGAGGCUGAAGGACAUGGAGUAUUUGGGGACGAUCGCCACCAUGUGUCUGAACUCAGAAUACGCAGCGGCUCUGUUUGAGGGCAAAGUACAGCUACACAUGAUGGAGGGCGAGGGCCAACAGGAGCAGAGACAGACCAGGCUGUUUCCAGACGGAGACCGUAAAGAACACAUCGUCAGUCACGCCCUCACUAACGACUUCCUGUUCUACGGGACUGAUAGUGGUGUGAUCGUCUGCAUCCUGGUGGAAGACUGGCAGAUGUUGAACGAGUACCGCCACCCAGUCGGCAUCAAGAAGGUGUUCCCUGACCCCAACGGAACGCGGCUGGCCUUCAUCGACGACAAGAGUGACGGCUUCCUGCUCUCCCCUGUGGCUGUGAACUCCCAUGUAGAGAUUCCUAGUUUCUCUCCCACCAUCACUGGGGUCCUGUGGGAGACGUGGCCCUCGGACAGAGGAGUGUUCGUAUCCUUCGACGACGACAAAGUCUACACCUACGCCAUGCAUAGAAACACCAUCUACGGUCCCAGGGUAGUGUUUGUAGGCAGCACCAAGCUGCCUUUCUCCCAUAAGCCCUUGCUGCUGUAUAAUGGUGAACUGACGUGUCAGACCCAGAGUGGGAAGACCAGCAGCGUGGCUCUGAGCACACACACUUUUCUCACACACACACACUCCCCCGGUGCACACACACACACACCUGAGGAGCUCAGCAAGCAGCUCACACAGGCGCUGAUGCUCAAGAGGUUCCCCGAGGCGUGGGAGCUGUGUAAGGUGCUGGGCGGCCCGGCGGGCUGGGCUGAGAUGGGCCGGUCCUGUCUGAUACACAUGGAGGUGGAGCUGGCAGUACGGGUGUUCCGGAUGAGUGGCAACGUUGGCAUGGUGAUGUCACUGCAGGGCAUCAAGGGUAUAGAAGACAGGAGUUUGUUAGCAGGUCAUCUGGCUAUGUUCCUGAAUGACUAUAACCUGGCUCAGGACCUCUACCUAGAGUCUUCCUGUCCCAACACAGCCCUGGAGAUGAGGAGGGACCUGCAGCAUUGGGACAGUGCUCUGAUGCUGGCUAAGAGGCUGGCUGAGGACCAGAUACCGUUCAUAUCGAAGGAGUACGCUGUUCAACUGGAGUUCAUAGGAGACUAUGUGAAUGCCCUGUCUCACUAUGAGAAAGGUAUGACCCACAACAACAAGGAGCAUGAUGAGGCAUCAGGGGGUGUGGCCAGGAUGUCAAUCAGGAUGGGUGACAUCAGAAGCGCGGCCCAGGCCAUCUCUCACCCGAGCAGAGGCCUGAAGAAAGACUGUGGGGUCAUACUGGAGAACAUGAAGCAGUUCUCUGAAGCAGCCCAGCUGUAUGAGAAGGGGCAGUACUAUGACAAGGCUGCCUCAGUCUACAUACGCUGCAAGAACUGGUCUAAAGUAGGAGAGUUACUCCCUCAGGUCUCCUCUCCUAAGAUCCACCUGCAGUACGCCAAGGCCAAGGAGGUGGAUGGCAAGUUUAAGGAGGCUGCCCAGGCCUAUGAGAGUGCCAGGGACUGGGACAACGUGAUCCGGGUGUUGCUGGAUCACCUCAACAACCCUGAAGACGCCGUCCGCAUUGUCAGGGAGACGCAGAGCAUCGACGGGGCCAAGAUGGUUGCCAGGUUCUUCCUGCGUCUCAGUGACUACUGCUCAGCCAUCCAGUUCCUGGUGUUGUCCCACUGUAACGACGAGGCCUUCCAGCUGGCACAGCAACACGGACAGAUGGACAGCUAUGCUGACAUCAUCAGCUCUGAGGCCACCCAGGAGGACUACCAGAGUAUGGCUCUCUACUCAGGGGAGAACAAACACCUGCAGGCUGGGAGGUUCUUCCACAAGUGUGGCCAGUACAGCAAAGCCCUGAAGCACUUCCUGAAAUGUCCCAACACUGAUGACAACCUGGCCAUCGAGAUGGCUAUAGAGACGGUGGGCCAAGCCAAGGAUGAGUCUUUGACCAAUCAGCUGAUUGAUUACCUGAUGGGGGAAAGUGACGGCAUGCCCAAGGAUGCCAAGUACCUGUUCCGUCUCUACAUGGGCCUGCUGCAGUACAGAGAGGCAGCGUGUACUGCCAUCAUCAUCGCUAGAGAGGAGCAGUCUGCAGGGAACUACCGUACCGCCCAUGACGUGCUGUUCAGUAUGUACACUGAGCUGCAGACACAGAAGAUCAGAAUCCCUGCUGAGAUGAACACCAACCUCAUGAUCCUCCACUCAUACAUCCUGGUUAAGAUCCAUGUGAAGAGAGGGGAGCAUCUGAAAGCAGCUCGCAUGCUCAUCAGGGUUUCCAACAACAUCAGCAAAUUCCCCUCCCACAUCGUACCCAUCCUGACGUCAGCGGUGAUAGAGUGUCACCGGGCCGGUCUGAGGAACUCCUCGUUCAGCUUCGCCGCCAUGCUGAUGAGGCCAGAGUACCGUCACAAGAUCGACCCCAAGUACCGCAAGAAGAUAGAGGCUAUGGUCCGUCGUCCAGACACCAGUGAGAUAGAAGAGGAGACCACUCCUUGUCCAUAUUGUGGUUUCACGCUGCCCCAGUGUGAACUGAUCUGUCCUGGCUGCAAGAACAACCUGCCCUACUGCAUCGCCACGGGUCAUCACAUGCUGAAAGAGGAUUGGUCAGUUUGUCCUCACUGUGAAUUCCCUGCUCUCUACUCCCAGCUCAUACUGCUGUUGGAGACAGAUAGUGUGUGUCCCAUGUGUUCCGAGACUCUGAGUGUGAACCAGGUGGAGAAGAUGGAUGACUGUUCCAGCUUCCUGCAGCCUGACCAAUCAGAGCACUGAUACAGAGAUCUGUGGUGAUGUGGCCUGGUGGUGUACUACAUAGAGGACUGCUGCUGAAGGGAGGAAUUUAAUUACCUUCAUUCCUCUCUGGACAUUACCACGAGCCCGUCCUCCCGGAUUAAGGAGCUACCAACCUCCUGUGAUAGGGGAACGGGAGCCAGGGACAUAAUCCACUCCUCCAUGUUUCUCCUACCACCUGUUAAACUGUUGAUAUAGACAGCUGUAGACCUCCUCCUCCAUGUUUCUCUACCACCUGUUAAACUGUUGAUAUAGACAGCUGGAGACCUCCUCCUCCAUUUUUCUCUACCACCUGUUAAACUGUUGAUAUAGACAGCUGUAGACCUCCUCCUCCAUGUUUCUCUACCACCUGUUAAACUGUUGAUAUAGACAGCUGUAGACCUCCUCCUCCUCCUCCAUGUUUCUCUACCACCUGUUAAACUGUUGAUAUAGACAGCUGUAGACGUCCUCCUCCUCCAUGUUUCUCUACCACCUGUCAAACUGUUGAUAUAGACAGCUGUAGACAUCCUCCUCCAUGUUUCUCUACCACCUGUUAAACUGUUGAUAUAGACAGCUGUAGACCUCCUCCUCCUCCAUGUUUCUCUACCACCUGUUAAACUGUUGAUAUAGACAGCUGUAGACGUCCUCCUCCUCCAUGUUUCUCUACCACCUGUUAAACUGUUGAUAUAGACAGCUGUAGACAUCCUCCUCCUCCAUGUUUCUCUACCACCUGUUAAACUGUUGAUAUAGACAGCUGUAGCCUCCUCCUCCAUGUUUCUCUACCACCUGUUAAACUGUUGAUAUAGACAGCUGUAGACAUCCUCCUCCAUGUUUCUCUACCACCUGUUAAACUGUUUUAUAUAGACAGCUGUAGACGUCCUCCUCCCCAUGUUUCUCUACCACCUGUCAAACUGUUGAUAUAGACAGCUGUAGACAUCCUCCUCCAUGUUUCUCUACCACCUGUUAAACUGUUGAUAUAGACAGCUGUAGACGUCCUCCUCCUCCAUGUUUCUCUACCACCUGUCAAACUGUUGAUAUAGACAGCUGUAGACCUCCUCCUCCAUGUUCCUCUACCACCUGUUAAACUGUUGAUAUAGACAGCUGUAGACCUCCUCCUCCUCCAUGUUUCUCUACCGCCUGUUAAACUGUUGAUAUAGACAGCUGUAGACGUCCUCGUCCUCCAUGUUUCUCUACCGCCUGUUAAACUGUUGAUAUAGACAGCUGUAGACCUCCUCCUCCUCCAUGUUUCUCUACCACCUGUUAAACUGUUGAUAUAGACAGCUGUAGACCUCCUCCUCCAUGUUUCUCUUCCACCUGUCAAACUGUUAAUAGACAGCUGUAGACCUCCUCCUCCAUGUUUCUCUUCCACCUGUCAAACUGUUAAUAGACAGCUGUAGACCUCCUCCUCCUCCUCCAUGUUUCUCUGCCACCUGUUAAACUGUUGAUAUAGACAGCUGUAGACCUCCUCCUCCAUGUUUCUCUACCACCUGUUAAACUGUUGAUAUAGACAGCUGUAGACCAUUGUUAUUUUAACUUAUGUACUCUACAUAUCUCCAUUGUUAUCCAUGAAUUAAUUCAUGUCGACGAUGUUAAAAAAAUCUGAAUAUUAAAUAUAUUUUUGCUCUUGUG